AUGUCUGAAGCUCGUACGCAUUGGGGUCUCUCGUGCCCGAACGGAGGCCGUUUCUACGUCUGUGAAGAUGACGAUACCCAGUUCAUAGGUUGUUGUAUCAAUGACCCUUGUGGCAGGAAUAAUGGUACCUGUUCUGACGGCGAUUUGCGUGCCACGACCUUCGACUCUGAUAAAUACUCUCAACUUCCUCAGCAGGACUGUGACAAUUCUCAAGGUGUCGACAACUGGUACUCAUGUGCCUCUACCAACCCGCCUUUCCUGGGAUGCUGCAGCCAGAAUGCUUGUAGCUCAGGCUGUCCAAGGGCAAAGCUUGUGCCGGCUAAGUUGUCUGAAGUUGAGAAUAACAGGCUCAAUUUCCUUCACCCUAGUGGAAGCGGAAGCUCUACUACCUCGAGUGUGUCCGAGACAGCCUCUACGACAGCUUCGAGCACUUCUGCAGUUGAGACAACUGAGAGCGAUGGCUUAGGAGCUGGAUCCACUGCCGGUAUCGCCGUGGGUGCAUCAGUCGGAGGUCUGAUUGCCCUCAUUCUCGUGGCCUGGCUGUUCUGGUGGAAGCCCAGACAGAAGAGCAAGCAUCGACAAGAACGCAAUGCUGGUUACAGUGUGCCUCCAGCUGCACCGACACUGACGGCGAAUCCGUUUCCACCUCCAAGUGUUCCUAUUCACCCGAGCACAUUCGUCGCCCAAUCUCCCAUGAGUGGCUAUCAGCAGCCAUUCACUUCAUCUCCCACGGUUAUGAGCCAGCAUCAUAGCGGUUUAUCUUCAAUUGAACAGUUCCAAAAGUAUUUUCCGAGCAUCUCUCAUUCUGAACGACCGCAAUCCUACGCACACUUUUCGGAGCACAGUGCCCAACAUGCACACAGCCCCAGCCUUCUUCCUCGCUACCAUCAACAGUACAACCACAACCACAACCAACAGCGGAUGGGUAUCGCUUCAGAAAUGGUUGGUAGUAAUACACUUCCACAAGAAAUGAGUACCGUAACUGUUGAGGACUUCAAAAUAUGGCGUUGCAUUUGA